CCACCACUCUCCGCUGCGCAUCGCUCUUCCCCCACCCGCCGCUUCCCGAACCUUCCAGAAGUUUCGCGCUCUUCCUGCUCCGGCUCCGCCGCCGCUCCAGCUGCGAGGCGGCCACCCGGCGUCUUCUCCUGCCGACGCCGCAGGAACAUGCCAUUCUUUUCCGGUUUGUGGAUACGUUUUCCAGUGCAUCUUGACAAGCCAGCAACCAUUUUUGCUUGAAAUUAUGAGCUAUCAUCGACAUGGGGAUGCUAUAUGUAUCUAUAUUUAUCUCGCGGAAAUAUCAGUUGACAAGGCUCGGAACAUCACCGAACACACGCACUGCCUUCAGCUGGGUAAUUCCAGAUCAUUUUGAAGGGUGGUCACCGGAACAUCACGGGCUUUUAAGCUUUACUCGUGUUUCUUUCGGCUUAUGGAUUAUCGUGGAUAAACCUCCCAAUCUACCAAACGCUAGGUAGGCAAGGAGCAAGGGAGCCGAAUGGGACGACGUGUGUUUGUAUCAUCAUCAAGCACAAACACAAGCCAGCACUAUACUGUAUUACUGACCAUCCCAUUCAGAGCAAGAUAGGUCGCCUGGCCCCCAUCUCCAUCUCCUUUCUUUAUAUAAACCAGCUGCCAGCAGCCAUAGGUGGCGCACCCAAACACAAACACAAAUUCAAAGAGGAGAGCUUUACAAUUUUACAAGGUAGUAGCAGCAGAGCGCAGAAAUAUAGUAGGAGAGAUUGAGAUAAGAGGAGAAUGAGGCAGCAGCAGCAGCAGCAGCAGGCGAGCAGGUUCAAGAGGACUUGCGUCUUCUGCGGCAGCAGCCAGGGGAACAAGACCACCUACCGCGACGCCGCCGUCGACCUCGCCAAGGAGCUGGUGGCGAGGGGCAUUGACCUUGUGUACGGCGGCGGCAGCAUUGGCCUCAUGGGGCUCGUCUCCCAGGCCGUCUACGACGGUGGCAGACAUGUCAUCGGGGUCAUUCCCAAGACUCUCAUGACCCCCGAGAUAGUCGGAGAGACAGUAGGGGAGGUGAGGCCAGUGUCCGACAUGCACCAGAGGAAGGCUGAGAUGGCGAGGCAGUCUGAUGCAUUCAUAGCCCUGCCCGGUGGAUACGGAACACUGGAAGAGCUGCUUGAAGUGAUCACUUGGGCGCAACUUGGCAUCCACCAUAAGCCGGUUGGGCUGCUGAACGUCGAUGGGUACUACAACUCCCUGCUCACAUUCAUCGACCAAGCCGUGGAGGAAGGCUUCAUCAGCCCGAGCGCUCGCCGCAUCAUCGUGUCUGCUCCAACGGCACAGGAACUCAUGGACAAGCUCGAGGAGUACGUCCCUUACCAUGAUAGGGUUGCAUCUGGGCUGAACUGGGAGGCAGAUCAUCUAGGGUUCUAAGCUGCUGCAACGAGCUUAAUUAAGCCUGUACCCAGCCAGAUAUAAAUGAACUGAGGAAAGGCAAAGAUGAAUCCAGCAACUAUAUAUAUGAUCAAGCAUGCUAGUUAAUUCUAUCCGAUCUAUGUAAUAGUAGUGCAUGGCUAGUUAACCAGUCUAGAUUAUCUUCUCUCUUUUGCAUGCCUAGUUUUUUUCUUCUUUUUUAUUGCUCCUACGUAGCAUGGAGUUUGUCGUCAGUUUGGGUAAAGUACCUAGUAGCCCCUAAUCAGCCCUAUAUCAAUGUUCAAGAUCCAGUAACUGAUAAUCAACUGGCACUAAACCAGGUGCCAAAGAUUCACCUGAUCUGGUUACUGUAUCAAAUUCAAAGUUUUAAGAUUGUUGCGAGUUGAUUGAAACAAUGAUGUUUUGGAGAUAUAAACCAUUUCCAUUAUCUAAAAUUUGAAGUACGUGUUGA